UAUCUCCCUCUGUUUGGCUAAUACUUAACGCCAGCGAGUUCAAAACAAAAGAGUGAAAGACCAAAAGAGAGUAUCCAAAUGGGGGUUUUGGUUCUGAAACUGCUUUUGAUAUACUCGGUACUUAAUCCAGUGUUCAUUUCCAGUUGUAGCUCUAUGCCUUUGAACCAUCUCCUGACCACAGCACUCGGAGGGAAUGAGACGGAUAGGCUUGCAUUGCUAGCCAUCAAAGCUAACAUACAGCACGAUCCCAACCGAGUCACCAGCACAUGGAAUGAGUCCAUUCAUUUCUGCUCAUGGCACGGUGUAACCUGCAGUCGAAGGCAUCAUCAGAGGGUCAUAAUGCUGGACCUCAACUCCCAAGGCUUGGCUGGUUCCAUAUCCCCUCACAUAGGAAAUCUAAGCUUCCUAAGGGAUCUUCGCCUCUACAACAAUAGCUUGCGUGAUGGAAUUCCUCCAGAAAUUGGGCGUUUGCGUCGAUUACAAGUAUUAAAUGUAAGGGGUAACUUACUUACAGGCCAUAUACCUGCCAACAUUUCCAAUUGCUUCCACCUCACCAUUCUCAAUUUUUCUCACAACAAACUAGUGGGUGAAAUUCCUUCUCAACUCGGUUUCUUGUCUAAGCUUCAAAGAAUUUCUUUAAGUUAUAAUAAUUUAACGGGAGAAAUCCCUUCUUCCUUUGGGAACCUUUCCUCUGUUCAGGCACUUCUUGCCGGGGGUAAUAACUUGGUGGGACGCAUAACUAGUUCUCUAGGCCAACUGAAAAACUUGACUUCUUUCUCAUUGGGCGAAAACAUGUUGUCCGGUACCAUCCCUCCCUCCAUUUACAACCUAUCUGCUAUAGUUGAUUUUUAUGUACAACUAAAUCAACUUUAUGGAAGUAUUCCCUCGGACUUGAGUGAUGCAUUUCCCAACCUCCAGCUUUUUAACAUGGACGGUAACCAAUUCACAGGUUCCAUUCCUAUGUCAAUAUCCAAUGCAACAAGUUUAGUGUCAUUUGAUGUUGCCACUAACAAUCUAAGAGGACAAGUGCCCAAUUUGCAGAAGCUGCAUAACCUCGAGGUUUUCUCCAUUGCAGAGAAUCAUCUUGGAAGAGGUACACAUGGUGACUUGAGCUUUGUCUCAGAAUUGAUCAAUGCAACUCGGUUAAGAUGGUUGUUCUUAGGCUAUAACAACUUCGGAGGGACAUUGCCUGCAUCAAUAGCCAAUCUCUCAACCAAUCUUGAAAAGCUUCGGCUUCCAGGAAACCUACUACAGGGAAGCAUCCCAACUCAAUUAGGAAAUCUUGCUAACUUGCAGGCACUGGCUCUGCAGGAAAACUUCUUCACAGGUAGCAUCCCAAUUGACAUUGGAAAGCUUUUGAGGCUUCAGCUAUUGAGUCUUCAAAACAACAAAUUAUCAGGUAGAAUUCCAUCCUCCUUGGGAAAUUUAACAACUUUACUCCGUCUUGAAUUGCAAGGAAAUAAACUUAAUGGCAGCAUCCCUUCAAGCCUUGGAAAAUGUCAGGGGUUGCUGAAAUUGGAUUUUUCUCAAAAUACUCUGGAUGGCACAAUACCCCAACCACUACUUAAUGGCCUUCUCUAUUUAUCAAUUUCUUUGAACUUGUCGAAAAACCAAUUUACUGGUUCCCUUCCCUUGGAAAUUGGAAAAUUGAAGAAUCUAGGAGAGCUAGACGUUUCUGACAACAUGUUAUCAGGACAACUUCCUGGUAGCCUCGGUAGUUGUGAGAGUUUAGAAGUCCUACACAUGGAAGGAAAUUCCUUCGGAGGGCUCAUUCCUUCAUCUAUGAAGGAAUUGAGAGGGAUUCAAGAUUUAGACCUGUCUCGCAACAAUUUUUCAGGUGAAAUUCCGAAGUACUUAGAGGGCUUUGCCAUUUUGAAGAAUCUCAACCUAUCUUUCAAUAAAUUUUCUGGUGCAGUACCAAUGGAAGGUGUUUUUAGCAAUGCAAGUGCAAUUUCAAUUGUUGGCAACACUAAUCUCUGUGGCGGAAUCACUAGUCUCCAGCUACCCAAGUGCAGCUUUGAAGAGUCUAACUCUCGUACCAUAAAAAUUAUAAUCUCCUUAGUUUCAGGGCUUACUCUUCUCGGAAUAUCUCUGGUGCUCUGUUUUUUGUUUUUUCGUUUGUCGAGAAAGAAAAGGAGUCUAAAUGAAUUGAGCAAUUUGGGGAACUCUGUUCCGCGUGUUUCCUACGAAAAUCUCCUAAAAGCUACUGAUGGGUUCUCUUCAGCUAAUUUGAUUGGUGUGGGUGGUUUUGGAUCUGUCUUCAAAGGAGUUCUAGAUGAUGAUAGAGUUGUUGCUGUGAAAGUGUUAAACAUGUCACACUGGGGAGCUUCAAGGAGUUUCAUUGCCGAAUGUGAGGCAUUGAGAAAUAUCAGGCAUCGGAAUCUGGUCAAGAUUGUAACUGCAUGUUCAAGAAAUGAUUUCAAGGCUCUUGUGUAUAACUUCAUGGAAAAUGGGAGCUUAGAAGAUUGGUUGCAUCCAUCCAGUGGAAUUGAAGAGGUAACAGACCCUCCCAAAGUUUUAAGUCUAGUUCAGAGGCUAGACAUUGCCAUUGAUGUUGCUUGUGCAUUGGAUUACCUUCACAAUCAUUGCGAAACACCACUAGUUCAUUGUGAUCUUAAGCCAAGCAAUGUUCUUUUGGACAAUGAUUUAACUGGCCACAUCUCUGACUUUGGACUGUCAAAGUUUCUGUCAAAACUAUCAAAGAAUGUUUCUGGAAAUAAAUCGAGCUCUAUUGGAAUUAGAGGAUCAGUUGGUUAUGCUGCACCAGAGUAUGGUAUGGGAAGUGAGGCGUCAACAUAUGGGGAUGUGUACAGCUUUGGCAUUUUGUUGUUAGAAAUGUUUACAGGAAAGAGACCCACUGAUCACAUGUUUUGUGACGGCUUGAAUCUUCAUAAUUAUGUGAAGACAGCUCUCCCUAAACGUGUUGCAGACAUUGCAGAUUCACUUGUUCUUCAAGGAGGCAAAAUCAAUGUUGAAGAAUCUCACAACCGAUCGAGCCUAAGAGCACAGAAAAUUGAAGGGUGCUUGACCUCAAUAUUUGGAAUUGGCGUCGCCUGUUCGGUUGAAUCCCCAACAACCAGGAAGGAUAUCAAUGAUGUUGCAUCUGAAUUGCACUCAAUUAGGGACAACCUUCUUGACUAGAACCUUCUAAGUUACUACUGAACUGUGAAGGCUUUAUAUGUGCUGUAUGCUUGUUGUAUUUUGAUCCUUUUUGUUUUCAAUCGGUAUAUGCUGUCUUUGAUGUCGCCUUGUUACUACUA